AUCCUUGAUCCCAUCCUCCCAGGGAGGGAAUGACCCUCCGUGGAGGGUGUGCUCUGUGCCGGCCGUUGCAUUCGUGCUGAAUCUUCUCUAUAACGAUGGGACUGUGGACAGAUUAUACAGAUGAAACUAUCUCCUGCAACACCCCAGAUGGGGAAACUGAGGCCCAGGGAGGCGAAGGCACUCACCCAAGUGUGACUCAGCAGCCUUCCCUGACACGAAUGUGGGAGAGGAAGGAAGACCAUCCUCGCCGCCGUCUCUGGGCUCAGCUGCCCGUCGUGGCCUCACAGAGCCGACAGGAGUGCGGAAGGGGCGAGGCGCGACAAGCACGUCUGCCGCUGCAGGAACUGAGAAACCUUGGAGUCUCCUCAGACCAGAUCGAGCAGCUCCACCGGAGGUUUAAGCAGCUGAGUGGAGACCAGCCUACUAUUCGCAAGGAGCACUUCAACAACGUCCCUGACCUGGAGCUCAACCCCAUCCGAUCCAAAAUCAUCCGUGCCUUCUUCGACAACAGGAACCUGCGCAAGGCGCCCAGCGGCCUGGCCGACGAGAUCAACUUCGAGGACUUCCUGACCAUCAUGGCCUACUUUCGACCCAUCGACACCGCCAUGGAUGAGGAUCAGGUGCAGCUGUGCCGCAGAGAGAAGCUGAGAUUUCUGUUCCAUAUGUAUGACUCGGACAGCGACGGCCGCAUCACCCUGGAAGAAUAUCGAAAUGUGGUGGAGGAGCUGCUCUCCGGAAACCCACACAUUGAGAAGGAGUCGGCUCGCACCAUCGCCGACGGGGCCAUGAUGGAGGCGGCCAGCGUCUGCGUGGGGCAGAUGGAGCCUGACCAGGUGUAUGAGGGCAUCACCUUCGAAGACUUCCUCAAGAUCUGGCAGGGGAUAGACAUUGAGACCAAGAUGCACGUCCGCUUCCUUAACAUGGAAACCAUCGCCCUUUGCCAUUGACGCGCUGCCUUGCCCACGCCCACGGAGAACCUGCAGUUCGCACAGGGCAGUCUCCCCGCGGAGGGGGCCCAGGGGCCUUUUGCGGCAGCUCUGGUAUGCCGUUAACACUCGGCCAGCUCGCGUUUCUCAUAGGGGAUGGUAUGUGGGACUUUGCUGUUUUUAUCUCUAAUAAAAAAAGAACAGGGUUUGUUAAUGAACGUGGCUCGUGUGUGUUCCUCACAUCCACUCAAGUGGCCUGGCCAUUUGGUGGCACGAGCUGAGUAUGAGGAGCAUGCAGGAGCUAACUUGUUUUCAAAGGCUGGUUUGGAAGAGGGGAUUUUUUUUUUUUCCUCCUUUCUGUUUUUGGUUUCUUUUGGUAAAGCACCGGCUGUUUUCCCUGCAGAAGUGCUGGGAUUUCACUCAUCUGCCUUCUUGAUCUGAGGCACAAAGCAGGUCCUCGCUCCAUGGAGGCCGGGAUUUGGGUGGUAGAGUUCCUGUGUCAGGACGUACGUUUAGAGCCUGUGCCAGCUGCAGUGACAGCCCAAGAUGCCUGUUCCCCCCCCCCCAGUGGUGCUGGGGGUACUCCAGGUGCUCAGGCUGGGUGUGCCAUGGCCCUUCCUGGCAGGAUGGGGUGGGCAGCUGCAGGGCCCAGCACUCACAGUCCCCAGCGGCAGUAGCAGCAGUGGAGACAGCACAGCGGGAGAGGUGGCUGCCCAGGUAAGCAUCUCACACCUGUUGUCAGCUUCUGAUUGGGGGACGGGCUGUGUGAGGGCAGGGAAGCAAAGGUGCUUCGAGUCAGUUGGUGGCUGUGGCCUGAGUCAGUGGAGGGCUGGCACAUGUCGACCCCGCCUAGCUGGUCCUCGGGGCGCCCUGCUGCCAUGGCUGUGGUGGCUCGUCACCAUUUGGUUCCAGGCCUCCUCCUGGCUGUCACAUUUACCAUAUGCUCAGUUCCUUUAUUCACACUCACUGGGAGGCACCGUUCUAGCCUUGUAAGAAAGUUCUCCUGAGAACUGCUAUUUGCAUUCUUGAGUUUUUAUUUCAUUGUUUUGAUAUUAAGUGUGUUUUAGAUUACUUUUGUUAUACCCACACAUUGGGGUUCAGACUUUAAAAGGUACAGACGGGCACGCCAUGGAGUCUUCAUCCUGUUCUUGGCCUGGCCCCCCGUUUUCCCUCCCCCCCCCAGGCAAAUCACAUUAGCCCCUUUCUUCCACAUCUUUCCAGAGCUGCGUCAUGUACACAGAAGCAAAUAAUGUUGCUCAGGAUGAGGUUAAUGUCGGUAUGUGAAUUUAAAAAGGAAAAGAGCAGCGAGGUGAGAUAAAGGGUCCAGUGACUGGCAGAGGUCCCAGGGGUGGCAGUUUGGCACAGCCUCCCAGGUGAGGAGGCCGCCUGUGUCCGUCGUUGGUCAGCACGCGGCAGGAUGGGGCCAGGGCCUCGGAACCCAGUCUUCCGUGCUGGAGGAUCGCUGGCCUGGACCGGGCCGCCGCGGAUUGCAGCCUCCCCGUUCUCCCUGAUGCUGGCAGUCGGAGGUCACACGGCCCAGUCUCAGGGUAAGUGAAGAGGGCGGUCUGAAGUCACUUGCAGAGCUCUGCUCAGACGAGCUCUUCACUCCACAGACGUUGAGACAUUCAGAGCAGGUCUGGGGCGAAGGCCGCUCUCUGCUUCCUGCCCUCCAGGGGCUGCAAUCUGGCGGGAGGACCAAGCCUAGAAAGUAGGAAGCAGACACCCAGGCAGUUUCUGGGAUCGGGGGAGUGGGGCGCCAUCUCCCUCCCCGCUGCCCUGCCUUCCCCUGCUGCUGGGAGCAUCCUGCUCUCACACCCUUGGGUUUCCUGGCUGCUAGCAGGAGGAGGGAUCUAGAAAGUCACUGGGCUGCGUGACUGACGUGGGGGAACCUGGGGCCUGUUAGCCCUGGUCCAGGCGGCAUCGCCAGCGACACCCCUGCGUCUCCCUCCCCGCGCGCCGCGUCCUUCCUGGGAGAUGGACCCGUGGGUGGUCACAGAGCAGCAGGAUCCAGAGUAGGCCUGGAUUUCCUGGGACUCUCCCAGUUUGCUUUCAUUUUGUUCUUCUCGACAAAGGCAGUUCAUUAAUGUAAAGUGUUUUAUAAAUAAUAAAUCUUCCACCAGCGCCUGUGCCCCGGGCUUGAGUUUGGGAGAUGUGGGCACGCAUCAAACGGUUCCACUUGUUCAGGCCACAGAGGGGGCCGGCCUGGUGUCUGGGAAGCUUUGGGCCAUGGCUUACCUUAAACAGCUAAUUAAAGGGAGAUUUAUUCACCAGGAGCCCCGUCCAUGCAGCUCGAAAGAAAGCUCAUCUGUUCACAGCCACUGAGGGUGCCCUCUGAUUGGCAGGGAGGGUUCGGGCUCGUUUCCACCAAUGCGUGAGCUGCCGAGCUCACCUGGAGCCCUCCUGCCCCGCUCCAGGGCGCUGCGACCAUGAGACUGGGCGUCUGCUCAUUCUGUUCUUUGGGGAGUGACGGGGUUGGCUAUUAGCGGGUGCAAACCUCCUGAAAAGGAUUAAUUCCCCGCAGUCUAGUGGGACUGCUGGCCUUUGAUUAACAAGGCUGAGGGUCGCUGCUCUGGGCACAGAUUUCAGAAUGCCAUCUGGGCAGUGUGGUGUGUGCAGAGGACCGAGGCAGGUGGCCUGGAAAAGGCUCCUCUUACCUCCUGGACUCGGGCAUGCCCAGGAGGGGCCCUCUGGCUGCACAGACCCUUAGCAAGCGCAGCAGCCCUCCACCCCUCCCUGGAUGAGGCGCCGCAUCUAAGCAGGUGACGUUGGCUCUGAGAUUGGUUCUAAAAUAGGCAUGUGAUAAGUCCAACAGGUACACUGGGUAACAGCCUUCCUUCUAUCAGGAAUUAUACCAGUGACUAAAAGGAAAUAGGCAGAAAUCAGUGCAAAGUCAAAUAUUUGAAGGAAGCUGAUACGUCAGGGCUGUGAGGGCCUCAGGCUGGGGGUGGAGAAGCCAGGGCAGGGGCAGUGUUCCAGCCGGCCCGGUGGAUGGCGGGGUGAGGUCCUUGCUCUCUGGAUAAGCUCGUUACCCUGGAAUCAGGUCAGAAGCAGGAUGUCGUCCUACCCGGCCAUGUUACCAUGGGGAAGAGUUACCAGAACUCAGGCUUUGGAUGAACACGGCCAUUUGACACAAACACAGCAAUUUGGGAGGUUUACAAAAGGGCUAUGUAAUGGAAAUCUAAUCUGAGCAGCUCAGGGGAAACAUCCUGCAGCCACGUUAAACAUGAAUUAUGGAUAAGAGAACAGAGUAAGAUUACAACAGCUUCCAAUUUUGGCCAAGCACCGUCCCAGGGAACGAAUUAGUGCUAGACGUUAACAAAACAAUUCCAUUAUCUUCUGGUCCAAGGGACUGGAGAGUUCUUUUUGUGCUCUGCUAAUGGGAGACGGGGUCACGUAUGGAUGUGAUCCUUGUCACCGGGCAGUUGAACCUGUCCCCACCUGCCUGCCGUUAACAAGGCUGCAGCUCAACUGUCGCUGCGGAUGGCACCGUGACACGUAGGCUGGUGCAGUUAAAAAUACAAGUUGCCUUGGUAAGGUGUUCUGCAAACACCUGCUUUGCAAGUUGUCCUCCCACUCAGUGACCUUGGGACGGCCUUGGAGAAUCGAGUGGGAGGAGCCAGGGGCUUAACCAGUUUCCCAGGGCACCAGGGCCGCCUUUUUCUCUGGAAUAUUCCAGAAUCAGUAAACAAGUACCAACAGGGGUUCAGUGGGUGGAUGAUUUAGGCCCCAGCAGGGCUGAAGGCUGACGGCCACGUGGUGGCUGCCUGCCCCUCUAGCUGGCUCGUGGAGCAAGUCAGCAAGGGACUGGGUUCUGGCCUUUGAUGGGCAGCGGCAGGUCUGGGAGCAGUUUGCUGCCACCUGCAUUUUAGAGAAACGACAAGGCAGCCUUCAUCCUAGCACUGGGCAAGGGAAGAAACGGCAGGACACAAAGGCUCCGCUCUCGGGGAGGGGGGAGUUUUCCCUCCCUCCCUUCCCUUCCUAGGGCAAGAAAAGGCCUCUGGUGCCGAGCUGUUGUUGGAAGCCUGCUGCUGGAAGCCCACGUUCCACAUCAGAGGCUGAGAGCGAGUCGGCGCCCACAUGGCACCCGCCGGCGCCCAGCGAGAGGGACUCUGCCAUCGCACAUCAGAGGCUGCAUGUCCAAAUCACCGCAGGCCCCUGCAGCCAUCGCCAGGGGAGACGGCGGGGGAAGGGAUUGAGAAGCAGAAGACUGCAGAAGGAAAAGAGACGAUAAAUGCACGACCAACUCAGAACUUGGGAAGAAGCCUCUCUCAAAAUAGCCACCAGGGAGAAAGGUAAGGCGGGAGGAGCAGAAGGUGGACGGAGGGGGCCCAGAUUGUUUUGUUGUUGCUGGGUAAAUGCUGGUUUAUAAAGGAACUUUGACCCUUUCCGCAUCAGGCCCAUCUCUUCCAGAAUGGAAAAUUUACAGCAGGAAAACAGUGAACGAGGGUGGCGUGCUUAGAUUAUGAUUUGGGUCUGAUAAACUCUCCUUCACAAAACCCAGGCACCGCUCAUGAAGGGGAGAUAUGUUAUAAACAGGUUGGGGGAGAAAACAAAACCCUGCCCUUGUAACAUUUUACACUGGACCAGCUGUUGGCCAUGAAUAAGAAUAGUUUAAAAUUACUUUUAGUUUUAGUAAAAUUUUUCUGGGUCUGAUCGCUUUUAAACUCUUCAAUUCUCUUCAAUUGCCUCAAAGCGAGGAAGGCAAAAUGGACUAUGAAAUCUGACUGAGAAGGACUGCUUUUUAAAAGAAAAAUCAUUUUAGCCCGUGGUCCGGUUGCAUUAAGACUACGAGAGAUGAAAACCUUAUAGAGUGAGGUCACCAGGGGGUCAGGCCACCACAUGCCAAUGACAGUAAAUACUUCAUUUGCUAAAUGCAGACUGGCUUGGUGUAUGAAGUAGUUUGGCAGAAAGGAAGCAGGCCGCCACCAGACAGUGCGGCCUCCCCCCAGAAAGGCAGCCUGAGAGAAAGCAGUGCUCCCUGGGCUGAGACGUGAAGGUCCCAGUCGCAGCGCGCUCUCCUGUGCAUCCAGCUGGAUGUGGAUUUUUAACUGGAUCUCUUAAGCAAUCUGAAAAACCUCCCAAAACCUUCACAACUCAAGGGUCUAAAGGGCUUUUGAGUAACGGCAUGCAUGUCCCAGUUUUAUACGCUCGUGGACAACAGGAAAGCCACUGUCCCUGCGCUGGAAAUGCUUAUUUCGUGUCCAUAACUGUCUCCCUUCCUGUUCCUGACAGUCCCUGUACCCCCUGCUUUUUCUUAAGAGUUGUGUAUUUUUGUCUUU